CACAAGGCUAAAGCCUGUGUGUGCUGUAGAUCAGUGGUUCUCAACCUUUCCAGACUACUGUACCCCUUUCAGGAGUCAAGCCCAAGCCUGAGCUCUGCUGCCCGGGUCUGAAGCAUGUAAUAUAGCGUUACAGGCUCCCUGUGAUAUAGGGCCCUGGGCAGUUGUCCUGCUUGCCACCCCCUAAUGCCGGCCCUGCACUUGAAAACUCCCAAACCCUGUCCUGUGACCCCUUGGGGGGUCGUGACCACCAGGUUGAGAAACACUGAUCUAGAUGAGUUGGCAUACCCCCUGGAAGAUCUCUGCGUUCCCCAGGAGUACAUGUACCCCUGAUUGAGAGCCACUGUUGCAGAGUGCCAACCAUUCCUGUUGGAGCUCUCCCGGCAGCUCGGAGACCCUGAUGGUCUCGUUUCUGUUUGCAGUGUGCGCUUGGCCAGCUCUCGGGUAGGUAAUGGUGCUUCUUCUGCUUCCUUUCCAUGGAUCUGCAACGGUUCCAGGAGGGGGACCAAGAAGACUGGACCUUCCAGCCAUCGCAGGCCCCUUUUUUGACAUGGAGGAGCCACGUGCCAAGAUCCUGGCGCUGGAGACGUUUCGUGUAGAGCAGGUUCCGCCAACUGUCUAUUAUGUUCCAAACUUCAUCUCGAAGUCGGAGGAGACCUAUCUGCUGCACCAGGUUUACGCUGCCCCCAAACCCAAGUGGACCCAGCUGUCUGGAAGAAAGCUGCAGAACUGGGGAGGGCUGCCCCAUGCCAAAGGGAUGGUACCGGAGAAGCUGCCCACCUGGUUGCAGAGCUAUGCCGAGAAGAUCUCCUCCCUCGGGGCGUUUGGAGGGAAGCUGGCGAACCACGUGCUGGUGAAUGAGUACCUCCCUGGGCAGGGGAUCAUGUCUGACAUGCCAGCUCCCUCUAGCCUCAUGAAGAUGGACCUCUGUACUUCCCCACCGUCACCACCAUCAGCCUGGGAUCACACACGCUGCUGGACUUCUACCAUCCCGUCAGCAGGGGGCAGCACGCGGACAGCGAGCAGGUCCCCACGCCCCAGACAGAGGAGCAGCGCCACUUCCUGUCCCUGCUGCUGGAGCCGCGCAGCCUCCUGGUUCUGCGGGAGGACAUGUACGUCCGUUACCUGCACGGGAUCCGACCCGCCACCUCCGACGCCAUCACGGAGAAAGUGGCCAACGUGGCGGCCUGCAGCGCGGCACUCGGGGACGAGCUGCGCCGGGGAACCCGGGUGUCGCUCACCAUCCGCCACGUCCCCAAGGUGCUGAAAACGGCCAUUUUCCUGGGCAGGGGGAAGUGAGGGGAGGAGUUUGCUUCCCUCCCUCCCGCCCAGGCUCUUGCCUGAGAACGGUGCUGUGAAACGUGCAAUUAACGAGGGGGUAGGGAGGCCCGGACAUGGAAGGCUGCGGAGACCCCGUUCUCCCAGCGCGCUGCAGGAUGGGAAGAGCCGAGCCCAAAAGCGUCUCACCCGCACGGGAGGAGAAGAGCAGCCUCUGGGGUCAUCUGUACGAAGGCGCGGAGACUUGGACCGGAUGCAGCAUGGUCUAGUGGUUAGAGCGAGAGGCCAGGGUGUCAGGACUCCUGGGUUCUAUUCCUGGCUUUGGGAGGGGAGUGUGGGGUCUAGUGGUCAGAGCAGGGGGCCUGGGAGCCAGGACUCCUGGGUUCUGUUUCCAGCUCUGGGAGGGGAGUGCGGGGCCUAGUGGUUAGAGCAGGGGAUAGGAAGCCAGAACUCCUGACUUCCUACGCCCCACUCUUGCUCCUGCUUCACCGUGUGACCUUAAGGGACUCUCCCUCCACCUCCCAGUGCCUUAGUUUCCCUGGCUGUGACAUGGCAGGAGUUCUAUCCAUUGGCAAAGCACCCUGAGUACUUCAGAAGCGUGCGGCGGGCUCGCCUGCUCCUACCUAUGUUCAAACCCAUUCAUUUAAACGCGGUGAACUCUAAUAAAGGCAGGGGCGGGUCAUUCCACCUCGCUGCUGCUUGAGGAAUCA